UGGCAUGCAUGCCGCUGGUAGGAGCCCCCACAUAAAAAUUGCUUCAGAAAUCUGUUAGUACUUCUUUCUCAAGAAAACUUAUGGCUCCUGGACCACAGCUGUUUGUAAGAUGGACAUAAGCUGGACAACCUUCAGUGGGCUUUAAACUUUGAAUUGGAUGUGGACAUUUUUCUCUCGGAUGACAGAAUCACUCCAACUUCCCCUUUGCGAUUGCUUCCUUUUCUUCAAGGUAGUUGUAUCUUGUUUUCUUUGAAAAUCUUUUCCUUCCAAAGUUGCCUGCCAUGCCAACAGUCAUCAGUGCAUCUGUGGCUUCACGAACAGGGGCUGAGCCCAGGUCGCCAGGGCCAGUUCCCUGCACAGCCCAAGGCAAGACCACCGAAGGUGGGGGUGGAAACUCAAGUGGCUUCUAUUCAGCAAUCAUCAGCCGCAAUUUUCCUAUUAUUGGAGUGAAAGAGAAGACUUUUGAGCAGCUUCAUAAGAAAUGUCUGGAAAAGAAAGUUCUUUAUCUGGAUCCUGAGUUCCCACCGGAUGAGACCUCUCUCUUUUACAGCCAGAAGUUCCCCAUCCAGUUUGUCUGGAAGAGACCUCCGGAAAUUUGCGAGAAUCCCCGGUUUAUCAUUGGUGGAGCCAAUAGAACGGACAUCUGUCAAGGAGAUCUAGGGGACUGCUGGUUUCUUGCAGCCAUCGCCUGCCUGACUCUGAAUGAGCGGUUACUUUUCCGAGUCAUACCGCAUGAUCAGAGUUUCACCGAAAACUAUGCGGGGAUCUUUCACUUCCAGUUUUGGCGCUAUGGAGACUGGGUGGAUGUGGUUAUUGAUGACUGUCUACCAACGUACAACAAUCAACUGGUUUUCACCAAAUCCAACCACCGCAAUGAGUUCUGGAGUGCUUUGCUGGAGAAGGCCUAUGCUAAGCUCCAUGGUUCCUAUGAAGCCCUAAAAGGUGGGAACACUACAGAGGCCAUGGAGGACUUCACAGGAGGGGUGACAGAGUUUUUUGAGAUCAAGGAUGCUCCCAGAGACAUGUACAAGAUCAUGAAGAAAGCCAUUGAGAGAGGCUCCCUCAUGGGUUGUUCCAUUGAUGAUGGCACGAACAUGACCUAUGGAACCUCUCCUUGUCUGAACAUGGGAGAGUUGAUUGCACGGAUGGUGCGGAAUAUGGAUAAUUCGCUGCUCAGGGAUUCAGACCUCGACCCCAGAGGCUCAGAUGACAGACCAGCCCGGACAAUUGUUCCGGUUCAGUAUGAGACAAGAAUGGCCUGCGGGCUGGUCAAAGGUCAUGCCUACUCGGUCACUGGUCUGGAGGAGACCCUGUUCAAAGGUGAGAAAGUGAAGCUGGUACGGCUGCGGAACCCCUGGGGCCAGGUGGAGUGGAACGGCUCUUGGAGUGACGGUUGGAAGGACUGGAGCUUUGUGGACAAAGAUGAGAAGGCCCGUCUGCAGCACCAGGUCACAGAGGAUGGAGAGUUCUGGAUGUCAUACGACGAUUUCAUCUACCAUUUCACAAAGCUGGAGAUCUGCAACCUCACAGCUGAUGCCCUGGAGUCUGACAAGCUCCAGACCUGGACAGUGUCCGUGAAUGAGGGCCGCUGGGUGAGGGGCUGCUCUGCUGGAGGCUGCCGCAACUUCCCAGACACUUUCUGGACCAACCCGCAGUACCGUCUGAAGCUCCUGGAGGAAGACGAUGACCCUGACGACUCCGAGGUGAUCUGCAGCUUUCUGGUGGCCCUGAUGCAGAAGAACCGGCGGAAGGACCGGAAGCUGGGGGCCAACCUCUUCACCAUCGGCUUCGCCAUCUACGAGGUUCCCAAAGAGAUGCACGGGAACAAGCAGCACCUGCAGAAGGACUUCUUCCUGUACAAUGCCUCCAAGGCCAGGAGCAAAACUUACAUCAACAUGCGGGAGGUGUCCCAGCGCUUCCGCCUGCCCCCCAGCGAGUACGUCAUUGUACCCUCCACCUAUGAGCCCCACCAGGAGGGGGAAUUCAUCCUCCGGGUCUUCUCUGAAAAGAGGAACCUCUCUGAGGACGUUGAAAAUACAAUCUCCGUGGAUCGGCCAGUGAAAAAGAAAAAAAACAAGCCCAUCAUCUUCGUUUCAGACAGAGCAAACAGCAACAAGGAGCUGGGUGUGGACCAGGAGUCAGAGGAGGGCAGAGGCAAAACAAGCCCUGAUAAGCAAGAGAAAUCCCCACAGCCACAGCCUGACAACUCUGACCAGAAAAGUGAGGAACAGCAGCAUUUCCGGAACAUUUUCAAGCAGAUAGCAGGCGAUGACAUGGAGAUCUGUGCAGAUGAGCUCAAGAGUGUCCUUAACACAGUUGUGAACAGACAUAAGGAACUGAAGACGCAGGGGUUCACGCUGGAGUCCUGCCGUAGCAUGAUUGCUCUCAUGGAUACGGAUGGCUCUGGAAGGCUAAACCUACAAGAGUUCCAUCACCUCUGGAAGAAGAUUAAGGCCUGGCAGAAAAUUUUCAAACACUAUGACACAGACCAAUCUGGUACCAUCAACAGUUAUGAGAUGCGAAAUGCAGUCAAUGACGCAGGAUUCCACCUCAACAGCCAGCUCUACGACAUCAUCACCAUGCGGUACGCAGACAAACACAUGAACAUCGACUUCGACAGUUUCAUCUGCUGCUUUGUCAGGCUGGAGGGCAUGUUCAGAGCUUUUAAUGCAUUUGACAAGGAUGGAGAUGGCAUCAUCAAACUCAACGUUCUAGAGUGGCUGCAGCUCACCAUGUAUGCCUGAACCAGGCUGGCCUCAUCCAAGGCCAUCCAGGAUCACUCAGGAUUUCAAAUUCACCAAAUAUAGCUAGAGCCACUUACCUCAAAGGACCGAGUCCCCCAGCCUCCAGGCACCUCGGCAGUCUUGUUCCUCCUCUACUCCCUACUCGGCUUGAUAUGUCAUGUCCAACCUGACCCUUAAGUAAAGCAAUGAGGCAUGGAGAACAACUUCGUUGCUUUGCCACACCGAAGCAAGUGUCUGCCUCAGCUAACUGUAGUCCAGCUGAGAGGUUUGCUCUGAUUCCAGCUGCCCCAGCUCUGAAGCAAAUGUUCCCGUCUUUAGCUUGUGCUAGGCUGUUGGCAGAAGCAUUUGCCAGUGUCACUCAGCACUUUUUUGUACUGGAGUCCUCUAUCCCCUUCAUGCUCUCCCACCCAUGGGACAGUAACCAAACUAGCACUUGGUCUGCCUGAUUGAUUUAGGAUGGGCCUGCUCUGGGGAAAACUAACUCAGUGGAAAAGGGCUGGAUACUUUGGGUUGUCUGACUCAUAAGGCUGGUUGCAUUCUGAAGAAAGUUGAUCUAAAUAAAGGCAUGCGUAUGGUUGGUUCCA